UCUGCCAACUGUACAGGGAAGAGAUCUUCAUCUCUGGUCGCUGUCAUUCCUCCGCGGCCGUGUUGCGGGGGUGCCCGUGCUCUUUGGUGCUGUUCGUGAUAGUGUGACGCGAGCACGCCAUCGCAUGUCAUCAUCCCGAACCAUCUGUGUCAGUGUCACUCACUGCCGAAUAUAAAAGGGGAGCUCGCGGUCAUGAGGCGCUAAUGCGUCAAAAUCAGUCGAACAGAAUCCAUCCAGACAGUAAUAGCUUGAUACAAUGGCUCCUGGCGCCCUGGUAUACGACGACCACCCCAUCGAGGCGGUCCAGGCUGGCAAGUUCAGGAACAACGAGGCACCCACCUCCGUCUUCCUCGAUGGCAUCCGCACCUCUGGCCAGCAUCCACCUAUCUACGACCUGUUGAAGCCGUACAAGGAGUUCCCCACGGAGAUCACGGGCCCCACCGUGUGGGAGAAGAAGGACUACCAAGAACAGCCGGAGAAGUGGACUCACCACUUCAGCGAAGACGAGAUCCAGGAGUUGAGUGAGACAGCCGAUCGCUUCAUAGCCAAUGGCGUCCCCCUGACUGGCAUCACCAAGGACAAUUUCCCCCUCCCCAAACUGAGCAAGCUCCUCGGCGCCCUUCGCGAAGACCUCCUCAACGGCAAGGGCUUCAUCCUCUUCAAGGGCUUCCCAGCCGACAGAUGGGGCCCCGGGAAGAACGCCGUCGCCUACAUGGGUCUCGGCACCUACCUCGGCUACUUCCUCUCCCAGAACGGCCGCGGCCACGUCCUCGGGCACGUCAAGGACGUGGGCGACGACCCCUCGCAGAUAGACAAGGUGCGUAUCUACCGGACCAAGGCUCGACAGUACUUUCACGCCGACGACGGCGACAUUGUUGGCCUCUUGUGCACGCACCGCGCCCUCGAGGGCGGCGAGAGUGACAUCGUCAGCUCUCACGCCGUCUGGAACGCCCUCCAGAGACACCACCCAGACGUGGCCCGGACACUCACGGAGCCUAUAUGGUACUUUGACCGCAAGGGCGAGGUCUCGGACGGUCAGGACCCCUGGACACGCCAGCCCGUCGUGUAUAUGGAGAAUGUGCCUGCUGGCGACAGUCCGCGCGUCUACACAAAGUGGGAUCCGUACUAUGUCCGCAGUCUAACGCGCUUCUCAGACGCCGGCGCCAUCCCACCGCUCAGCGAGAGGCAAGUACACGCUCUCGAGACGCUGGAGCAGAUCUGUCGCGACCUGGCGCUGCACAUGGUGCUUGAGGUGGGCGACAUUCAGUUCGUGAGCAACGCGCACCUCUUGCACUCGAGGACGGCGUAUACGGACCACCCGCCUCCGGCACCGAGACGGCAUCUGCUCCGGCUGUGGCUAUCGACGCCCGAGACUGAAGGCGGCUGGGCGCUGCCGAUGCCUGACUCCAAGGAGAAGAAGCGUGGUGGCGUGCAGGUGAAUAAUACGCCACCAAGGGCGCCUCUGGAUGCCGAGUAGGCUAUGCGCCAGCAUGUACAGUAAUGAGAUCAAUGACCAUCAGCGAGGCACAAUAAACACCACAGCUUCAUCUUAUGCUAGUAUCAACACGUAUGAUAGAUAUACCAAGAUGUUGCCUGUAACCGUA